AGCACUUACAAUUUUGAAUAAAAGAUCUAAUCAUCCUUCUUAAUUGCCUUUGUAGCGCAUAGCUGUAAUCUAGAAAGAUACACUAACAGACCGCAAAUGUACUAGACUGCGAGAAUACAUGACUUGCGUGUGAAAUUAUUGGCUUUUAGUUUUCGAGACAUGACAAAAGCAACAAUGUCACUCAGUUAACAAGGCAGAUUUUCUUUUUCAAUCAAACAAUAUGAACCCUUUUUGUAAUUGUCCUUCCCAUUCACAGUAGCAUUAUUGGAUUUGGAAGAAAUCCUCUGUGACAUUCGUCAAUCAACAGUUAAACAUCUGAUUUAUUCGGGAAAAGGUCACAUCACCCUGUCUGACAUUUCCCUUCAUGAAGGUUUGGAGUCAUUUCUUGAGAUCAGCUUCCUUCUGGACUUGGUGGUACUCCGCUAUAAGAGCGAUAUAUGACGAUCUCUCCGAUAACAGGCAGAAUUACUUGAUUUAUACAUUUGUCUCGUCAUCUGGCGCAUAAAGUAUCCGGCAUAAACACCGGCUGGUGUCAAUUACAAACUGAUUAUUUUCGUUACGCCAUUGUUUAUACUGAGCGUCUCAAGUGAAGUGCAAAUGUCUUCGCUGAGGACGUUACAUGCAGUCUUCUGAACUUGACUUCGGUUAGUAAACAGAUCACUAUAGGAUAUUUGCAUAAGAAAGCCAGCAACCUAUUGAGCAGUCACUAACACUGAGCUUGUUUCGCGCCUGUUGCCGGCGAUGGCUUCAUCCUCCGAGUCAAGGAAGGAGGGUAAACUGAGAAGACUCAGCAGUCGAGAGCAACGAGAACAGUUCAACAUCUACAUCAGUUCAGAUCCUGCACUCAUAGAGUCGAGAAGAUGGAUAGAGGAGGUGACAAGAAAAGAAUUCAAAAGUCACAAUUUUCGAGAAUCCCUGGCAGAUGGCAUUCUUCUUUGCGAAUUAGUCGAAAUUGUUGGAGGUCUCUCACUGGGUCGGAUAAACCGUUUGCCGAUUGCGUACGCUGGAAUUGACAAUGUUAACUUAUUUUUCAAAGCCUGCGAAAGACUGGGACUGAAAAGGCUUCAUCUUUUUGACGUCACUGAUCUUCAGGAAGUUACGAUCCGACGCGGUGAUUCAACGUCAUCGAGAUUAAAGGAGACGCAACGGAGGCUAGAGAAUGUUACGAUUACAAUAUUAUGGUUAGCCAAAGCAGCUCACAAUCAAGGUUACCAGGGUCCUGCUCUUGACUACAGCUGCUUUACUCAUCUUAUUCCGCAAGCGAACUUGGGCAAAAAGGGGCGACGAUCACGAAAGAGACAUUCCUUAAGUGAUCUGGAAGACAGAGUGUUUGAUAAGAUUGACAUCAGUGACAAGAAGGAGAAAUUUCGGAAUCUUGAAAACGAAGCCAAGCAGAAAACCGUGCAUUUGGAAGUAAACAGACGUAAAUCAACCGGGGGAAUUCUGAAAAAAAGUAGAAAAAAGAGUCUAAGUUGGAACGAGGAGGAAAUAAUACACAGCUACACAUAUAGUGACUAUCUUCAGAACAGAAUGCCGGAUCCAAAAUUUCACGAUCAAAAAGACAUAUACAACCGCCGUAAUCAACCUGACUCAAACCAGGAAAGAUCUCGCCGUCGGUCUAGUGGUUCCUCGGAUCGCGGUCUGACGUCACCACCACCGAUUUCACUCGGUAGGAGAGUCGAGGUGGACUUGAAAGAGAAGCAAAAGAAAUUCGAAGGACUAGACAAAAAUGCUGAAGAGCAAUCUGCUGUGUUGAUAGGCAAAGCUCGACCAAAGUCCUGGGGACCAGGAGAGAUAAGAAAGGCACUGGAGAAACAAGGUUCUGUUGAUGUUGCGUUCAAGGACAAACAUCAAAACUACGAAAAACUUCAGCGUCAAGCAACUACGGAAAGCGCCGUGUUAGAGGGGAAAUUACGACCGCAAGCAGACAGGGAUGGACGGCCACAAAAAGUUAUCCUUGGUGGAAGAUCAGAUGUGAAACUUCGUGAGAAACAAAAAGAUUUUGAACGACGUGAUUAUCAAGCUCAAAGGGAGAAAGCUGUUCUUGAGGGAAAGCUUCGUACGUCCGCCGUAGACGGAAAAGAAAUAAGAGAAAACCCUGUCAUGAUCCCAAAACGUGAACAGAUUAAGCUGGGAGAGAAAAAAGCAACUUUCGAACAACUUGACAAGCAAGCAGAACAGGACUCGUCGAUUCUUCGUGGCCAGUAUAAACCAUCGCCAACAGAUACUGGCAGCCUUAAGAGAUCAUCCAGAGUUGGCCUUCCGAGAGAUGCAAACGUUGGUCUCCUAGAAAAGCAGCGCACCUUUGAAGAGAAAGACUCUCAAGCUAAGAAGGAAAGUGAAAUUCUUGAAAAGAACAAGAGAAAUUCAUACGGUAGCCCCGUUAAAGAACCCACGCCACUGAGUACCUCUACGCGACCACGGAUUGCUGGUUUCCAGUCCUCUUUGGAUAGAAAGAAGGAUGCCUCUGACGUCACAAGGCGAAACCAGCAGGAAAGACCCUCGCGACCAGUGUCCAACUACUACGACUACAGCAGCUACAAUGACUACCCAAAAGCAAACGGUGUUGAUGAAAUUUCCGCAAGCACAGAAGGUAUUUAUCAAGUGUCGGCUGAGGAACCAGUAGAAUCCCUUCCUUCGGUUGGAUAUGAGCGAGUGAACACGAGGCAGAAUGAACGAGGAUUUUCAGCGGAACAAAAUAACCCGACAAACAGAAACGGAGAGUAUUCCGACUAUGUUAAGCGACGUUAUGAAGAGUCAAAGAGGAGACAUGCGUCGGCGGAGGAGCCUGUAGAGAUAAACUUAACAGAUGCCAAAAAUCUGUCUUAUCGUGAUCUUGUUCGCGCUCCACGCAAAAAAUCUCGCGAGACGUUCAUACGCGAAAAGAAUACCGUCGUUCCAGCGGAAGAGAUGCCAUGGCGGAAGGAAGUUCGAGAGGUCAAGGAAAAAAGACAUCUUUAUUCUGAUGAAGAACAAGAUGCAAGUUAUGGGCCCCGGCCCACCUCGCCACGUUCUGAAUUGGGAAAGACACAGUAUCUUGAACUUGUCGCUCCUCCUUUUAAAAAAAAAGUGUACACCUCCGAUGGAGAGAAAAAGUCUGCAGGCGAAAAUGCACUGGAAAUGCCUUGGAGAAAAGAGGUUAGAGAUAGAAGAUCUGAAUCUGACGAAGAACCUCAGCCAUCGAAUUCAGAACUAGCGCGGAUUCGACCUCCCUCCCUCAAGACCCGAGAUGCCUUUGUGACUACGGGGAAUGACAAAGACGCAGAUGAGAUGCCGUGGAGAAAAGAGGUAAGGGAACUAAAGGAGAGACCGAGAGCAGAAGAUGACCUGGAGUAUCAAGGUGACAAACCAUCGCCUGAACUUGACCCAUCACCCAGUCCAAAUUUCCGGAAAAUGUCUUACAAAGAGUUCAUAAAUGUGCCUUCCAAAAAACGUCGAGAAGUUUUUCAGGCUCAGCUCCAAAAGGAAGAAGAAGAAAUGCCAUGGCGAAAGGAAGUACGUGAAAUAAAAAAAUCUAUGGCAGAGGACGAAGAAGGAGAAUACCAGAAAACGUCUGCUACUCUGGCUCACUCAGCUCCAGAACAUAAUGACCGAAAAUUAGACUACAAAGAUUUUUCUCCCAAGCUUACCAGAAAAGCAAAGGAAGGCUUCUUGGUCUCUCAAGAUAAGGAGGAGGAAGAAAUGCCAUGGCGUAAAGAGGUCCGUGAAAUGAAAAGAUCGGUACUCGAAGAUGAACCUGUGAAGCGUUCGUCUGCCACAAAUGUUCAUUCGUCACAAGAAGCAAUCAGAGACUAUCGGAAGCUCUCCUAUCGCGACUUUGUUGCUAGACCAAGGAAAAAAUCAUUUGAGAGCUUUUUAUCGAGCGAAGAAAAAGAGAAGGAAGAGAUGCCGUGGAGGAAAGAAGUACGGGAAUUAAAAUAUAGACCUCCCGAUGACGAGGAAAUCAAGCAGUCAUCUCGUUCUGAGCUUCAAUCUUCUAAUGAUGAUUCAUUCCAUAACAUCCGUGAUCAUCCUACCAAGCGGGCUACAGAAGGUGAACGGCAAAGGAGUCGAAAUGAGCCAUAUCAUGUUCACCCUGCUGGGGUUGGAAACAUGUCAUACAACGAUUUUGCUUGUCCACCAUCCAAAACAGAUCAACUUCAGGGACAAGCACAGCGAAAGACUAGAGUGAAAGACCUAACCAGGAAGUUUACAGAUAUCGAGGCGGAGAACACUCUUCCGAGAAAAGGCGGGCCACCAGCGCGGAAAUCUCUGGUGGACAUUGGAGAGCUGAAACGUAUAGAACGCGAAAUGAGGACAAAAAGUUGGCAUGGUAUCCCAGACGACUACGACUCAGAUGACGACUAUGAGCGGCGAAGGACCCGCUCAGAAGAAGAAGCUGAGGAAAGAGUUCGACAGCAUUAUCAUCGCGAGAACAUUUCUGGAAUGGAGGAGCUGGAUGACGUAUUUCAAGAUCCAGAAGGGUACUUCGAUCAGAUUAGAGCUCCUCCGCCAGAGAAGUUUAACGGAGUGGUGGCGGAAGAAGUGCCUGUUCAGCACAGUGCUCCUUCCUGGAAUGAACGCGAUGACAGAGGGUUGCAAGUUGUGACAGUGCGCUCAGCAGAUGACCAUGAUCAUUACAAUCGAUAUGACAUACACGAACAGCCAUCCUCGUUCUCUAUCUCUUCCGAAGGCUCUUACGAUAAACGCACUGUCAGGGAUGGAUAUCUUUCAAAGAACACCCCAUCAGAGGAUCGAGUUGUUGUGAAGCAGACCUGGAUUCAGCCCAACCGGGUGGAAUUACCUGAGGCCUCUCCUAAUCCUCCUGAACACGAGGGAAGAAAGAAUGUGCAUAGAGAAUAUGUUGAAAGAGACGAAGGUCAAUUUCUGCCGCAACCUUAUAAAGAUGAGCGAUCAUACCAGCGAGAUUACAUGAAAAGAAUACCUUUCCAACCAAAUGUUGACUAUCAUAGAAAUGAAGAAACCUUUUUGUCAAGGGGCGUUGACCUUAACGAGGAGAAAUGUUUCAUUGACGAGAGUUAUUAUACAGAACAAAACCAGCCUUAUUAUCCGGGAGGCUAUGAUUACAGAGGUAGGAAUCAAGGUCAAAUGGAUAACGAGGAUUGGAAACAAAGAGUAGUGCGUCUCGAUCCACGAGAACAUAGAAAUCAGCCAGCCAAAGUAUCUGUCAAAGGUGACAAUGCCAUGGUGUUUGGUUCUCCGAUUAUGGUCACUGCCAAACCAAGACCCCAACAGCUGACACAAAAUGAAGGCCAAGGAGAUUAUAGACAAAAGCAGUCUGGAGUGUACGACUUCCUGCCGGUUGAAGAAAGGUUCUUGAAUGACAGAGAUGUAAUUCCAACUAAAAAAGAGAGUUCGUAUUCCAACAGAAACACCGUAGAGUCUAUACCAAGUGAUAAGGAGCAAAUGGAAAAUGCCAGGCGACGACUUCUACAAGAUAUUAAACACCGAGGGGAAAACGGAGUCAUCAAACCACCGCAAGAACCCAGAAUGCCGUCUCGACCACAGGUGUUUGGCGUGUUUGCGCGCACUGAUCAGAGGAUUACUUAUAACCUUGACGAUAUGCGAGAAGGUCAACCAUCCAACUUGCCUCAAAAAGAGUUAGAAUACAAUUUUCAGGAACACCGAUUACGUGACGUGCAAGACAGUUUACAGGGAUUCACUGAGGGCGUGGAUCGACAAGGUGUGACAUUGUACAUGGAAAGACGACUCCAGCAGGACGGAGAGGGAUAUGAUUACGAAAAUAUUGCCUCCAGUCAAACUGAGUUGCAUCCUGUAGUAGUAUCCGCGGUAGAGAGCCAAACUCGAAGGUGGGGAGAUGGAGCGUUUGAAGCAUCUCCAUCAAAGGAUGAAAAUCGAGCUGGAAGGGGGCGAGUCAUGAACUUUUCACAUGACCAGGAAGAGGAAAUGCAUGAGGGACAGAAGAAAGAAGGCACUAACGUGAUUGGUGAUGGAACGGUUGUUUAUGCAGCUGCGGAACCUGUUCAGAGAGAAGGUUACGACGCUGACCGGAAAAGGGAACAAAGACAAAAGGAAGAAAUGGUGAAAGAGCAGUUACGGGAUGCUGAGUAUAGAGAAAAGUACAGAAGAGAAUUCGAGGAGAAGAAUCGGAAACAGCGAGAAAACUCGAAGUAUCUCAUGAGUCAGUUACAAAUGACCAUGGAUGGUGAAGAAGAUUAUGAAGAUGAAACAGAGAGGCCGCGUAAUGACGAGAUUGGCGAACGAAGAGAGAUUCCACGGAAGAAAAGCCACUCCAGCGACGAUGAAAUUUUGAAAGCGGUUGCAGCAGAAGAAGACGAUUGGCAAACAAAGUUGAACAAAAAGGCGGAAAGUGAAAAGAAGGAGACUAGACGUAGUGAACCUCCCUGAAGAGUCGAUAGUAGCGACUCGCUG